UCGUUGUCGCCGACUCUCUGCUGUUUGCUCUCGCGGGGCAAACAGAGUGUACGUUCCGCGAUAGAAGGGAAGGACCGACUGACGACGAAGGGUUGCAGCAGAUAAACGUAGGGCGAAGUAUCUUUCGCGGUACGGCUAGACCGAAGAAUCUCGACGAGUUUGUGGUUACUCGGAGGUGGAAAUACUCGGUGGUCACGUUGCGAUCAUUUUUUGCGGGGCUUUGACUUUCACCUGUCUUUCUCGUUCUCGCGCUUUCGGUGUAGGGUAGGUACGACGAGGGCUCGUGAAUCGCUUUCUUUAACGCGAGAACGGUAAGAUCGUUGAAAACGUCGAGGGGGGAUUUAUCUGCAAACAUUUUUCCGUCUGUAUUGCAUUGACGAAGAGGUAAUUAAAGGGCUGUCAACGAAUGCCACGAAGGGAAGUGGAAACGGCUCAAACAUCGCGAAACCUCGUCAAAAAGGGGUGAAAAGAGAGACCGGCUGACCCGUGAAAUAUUCUCGUGGUUGCACAGAGACACGGUGUAAAGCCGGUGGUUCGAUCUAAAUUUAAACGAUGGCGGAGUCACGUUUCAAAAACGUUUGAACCUCGUUUACCUGGCGUGCACGGCCGAGCGAGUUUGACAAAGGCAGGCACAAAGUUACAGAGGGUGAUGAGAGUCGGCAACUUUCUUACCGAGGACUUUUCAUCUCGCGACCCGUCGGUCCAAACGGAGAAAGGGAAUUGGCUGGCGCCUUCCUACUACGUGUUACGCGAAAACGCGCAAUUCUCACGCCGGCCAGGGGGUGAGUUUCGUGCGUUAACCCACCGUGAACUGCGAGGCCAACGUGCACGCGGCCUAGUCGAAUCGCCUUUGUCAUCUGUGAAACAUGCAUUCACAGACUGUUUCUGACAUUUCGUUUGUGGAAAAAUUGCCCCGUAGCGUGACUUCUUCUUCUCUCGUUCCUUCAUUUGUUUAUUCGUUUCACGGGUAAUGACAUGUCCUUUGUGACAAACUUCCGUUCGCUGUUAAAUCUACGACGAUUGUUUCCUCGAAUGAUUGAAACAGAAGAAGAGUUGUCAGAAAAAUUAGCAAAAUAUACAAGAUUGAUAUUACGAAAAAUUGUUUGAUUGAAAUGUGUAAGUUUGUGACGGUUGAAAAGAUGCUAGAAAAAUUCACCAGAGAGCGUACAAUUAUAAUGAAAAAAGUUUACACUUUUAUGUAAAUCGGAGAAUGUCUCGACAGUGACUCACGUUGACGACUAAUGGCCGAUUUUAUUCCGUCUUCCUGUCUAUCAUCUUCGUGACGUAAAGGAGCUUUUUAAAAAGAUGGACGAUCCCUCGCGAAAACGAAACAAAAUAAUAAGAAAGGGAAGCUGUUCGUUUCUUUUAUGAAUAUCACGCGCUAGUGCAAUUGGUGCAAUCUCGUCGCUGAUCAAGGCGAAACACUUCGGUGCAAAGUGGACUGAGAAGUUGAUGAAGAUUCAUCCGCGGUAGUAAGUGAUUCAUGGUGACUCGUGUUUUCGCCAAGGAAACGAAUGGAGAAGUCUAGAAGAGCCGCGACGUAUCCACGGCAAUCAUCCUAGGAAUUCGACCAAUCUCCCGGGCAGAGGAGGAAGAAGAGCCAACGGGGAGAGCUGGAAAAUACCUGGAUUCUUAAUCACGAGAGAGAAUUCAGCGAGGAAAACGAUCGAUGCGUCGAAGAUCGGCGAUCUUUCCACCGCGAUUCCGCUAGAAUCCGACCACGUCAGACGAGCUCGUCGGUGCGAAAUCUGGUAAACGAAACGGGAUUGAUAGCGAGCCAGAUUCACGAGGGAUGAGAACCGCGCGUAAAGGCGCGCGAACGUUUCAUCCGCGCGUAGCCGGACGAAAGUAGACGAUGCUUGACCCUGCACUCGUAUCGAGUGUUUCUGCUUGGAGCGGCACGGUGACUGACGUCCACCGACCGGAACGUCGUUGAAUCAUCGAUCCAACCGGCGGACCCGGCUUGGGCGAAGUCGUCGCGCGACUGUCGCGCAGCGAUCAUGCCGAUCGAACUGGCCAAUCGUUACUAGAGCGGUGACAGCGAUGGCUGGCCGUGUUACCGAUCCGGGGACGAUUGAUCUUGGUGAUCGCGCGUGCUAGUGACUUGCCUUAGUGUCAAAGUGGAAUUACGCCGGUGUGCAUCGCCAUGUCUUCGCGACGUGCUCCACGCUUCUCGCCCUCUUCCCUGCCUACUUUCACGGGAGGACCGGUCGCGAGCGGAGGCGACGACAACGACGCGAUGACGCGAUCCCGGGGGCGACGAAGACCAUCCAACGUCUUCCGGCUGAUCCUGCAGCUUCUGCUGGUGCAGAGUUUCGCGUCGACGGGCAUCACCGGCCAGAUAGCCGAGUGCCCGCCCCCGGAAACCAUUCCCGGCUGUCCUUGUUACAAUUUCGAGGAUGGCCUCUUUCUCGAAUGCGCCGGAGCCACCGAGGACACCCUGAGGAGCACUCUGCUAAGCGUUCUGAGCGCGUCCGGAACGGGCACAAUGGUUCAGUCGUUGAGCGUUUACGAAUUGGACAAAACCGUGGAGGAAUUGAAGGACGGCUGCUUCCCGCCUGGUUCGCAGAUCAGGCAUCUGCAAAUAUCUCAUUCGUCGCUACGAGAGAUCAGCGAGGGCGCGUUCGCGUAUCUCAAGGAGAGUUUAGAAUCGUUGGCCCUCCUGUCCAGCCGUUUGCUCCACGUGCCGCAGAAAUCGUUGGCCGAUCUGCGUAAACUCGCGGCUCUGGACCUCGAGGGCAAUUUGAUACAAGACCUGUCUUCUUACUGUUUCUACGGGUUGAAACUGAUGAAGCUGACGUUGAAGGGCAAUCAGAUAUCAAAGAUCUCGGAGUACGCGUUCGCCGGGCUGGAGGACAGUCUCAGUGAUCUGGAUCUGACCGAGAACAAGUUGAAACUGUUCCCAAUGGCGCCACUUAGAAGACUGGAGAGCCUCGCUUCCCUGAGGCUCGCCUGGAACGAAAUAUCCGAGUUGCCGGACGACAGUUACAGUCACCUAAGCUCGCUGUUGAUUCUAGACUUGAGCAGCAACAACUUCGAGAAGCUGUCCGAGGAUUGUCUGCGAUCCUGCCCCAUUUUACACACGCUGUCCUUCUACUACAACUCCAUAGAGACGAUCCACAAAGACGCGUUCGUCUCGCUCAAGGAGCUCGAGUCGAUCGACCUCAGCUACAACAAGAUCGUGUUUCUCGACGUGGCAACGUUCAAGGGAAACGAGAGGCUGCGCAAUAUCGAGCUGAGCAAUAAUCACAUCCAUUACAUCGGCGGGGUGUUCGCCAGGUUGCCGGAAUUGCGCGAAUUGUACCUAGCGGAGAACAAUAUUCUCGAGAUCCCGGGGGACGCGUUUAUCGGCAGCGUGAGUCUCGCGGUUGUCUAUCUCCAGCAGAACGCCAUCAGAAGAAUCGACGGCAGAGGUCUCACUAGUCUCAACCAAUUGGCUCAAUUACAUCUGAGCAACAACUACAUCGAGAAGGUGCCGCGGGAAUUCCUCGAACACUGCGAGAACCUCUCCUCCCUGUCGCUCGACGGCAACAAGAUUCACGAGCUUCAGCCGGGCACUUUCUUCAAAUUGCAUCAGCUGAGGGAGCUACGGUUGCAGGACAACAACAUCACCGAGGUGAAGCGCGGCGUUUUUUCGCCGCUUCCGUCGUUGCUCGAGCUGCAUCUGCAGAACAACGCCAUCACCGACAUGGAAACGGGCGCGUUGAGCACGCUGCACAGUCUUCAACACGUCAAUCUGCAGGGUAAUCAGCUUGCCGUUCUGGGCGACGUGUUCCAGCUGUCCGCCUCCGAGUCGUCCUCCGGCGGCAGUUCGCUAGUCUCCAUUCAAUUGGACAGCAACGGGCUGGCCGUGUUGCACAACGACUCUCUACGAGGUCAGGCGUCCGUUAGGAUCAUGUGGCUCGGUCAUAACAAAUUGACGCAUCUGCAGGCACCGCUGUUCAGGGAUUUGCUGCUGGUCGAGAGACUCUACCUGACCAACAACUCGAUAUCCAGGAUAGAGGACGGCGCGUUUCAACCGAUGCAGGCUCUGAAAUUCCUCGAACUGAGCAUGAACAAGCUCAGCCAUAUCACUGCGCGGACGUUCUCCGAGCUGCACGAAUUGGAAGAAUUGUAUCUUCAGGACAACGGUCUCAGACGGUUGGAUCCCUACGCUCUGACAGCUUUGAAGAAACUGAAGGUGCUGGAUCUCGCGAAUAAUCAUCUAACCGUCCUUCACGACGCCAUCUUUCAAGAUAGCCUGCCAAUUAAAACGUUGAAUCUGAAGAACUGCUCCAUCAUAAGUAUAGAGAGCGGAGCGUUCCGUGAGCUCAAUAACUUGUCCGACUUGAAUCUCGACGACAAUCACCUCACGGCGCCUGCUUUGUUCAACCUGCACGUCUCAGGGCUGCGAACUCUAGUCGCAUCCGGGAACAAUUUCAGUCAAAUCUCAGAGCACAGCCUGAACGGCCUGCCGUCUCUGCAGGAAUUAUACAUGGACAGAGCGGAGAUCUCUCAGUUACCAGAGAUUAUCUUCGUAUUGAAUCGAAACCUGGCACGGCUGCACUUGAACAAAAACAAUUUGCGGAAUUUACCCCCGGGCAUCUUCGACAGAUUGGCGUCCCUCAGGGAGAUCAGACUGGACCACAAUCGAUUCCAAGAUAUUCCGUAUUCGGCCUUGGCCGACGCCUUGAACCUGGAGAUCCUCACGCUAUCCAAUAACGAGAUCGUGAACGUGGACGUGGCCAGUUUCGCCAGCCUCAAACACCUGAGGGAAUUGGACCUAAGCCACAAUCGAAUCGAGACCAUGUCCGGCUUCGCCACGGCCAAUCUAUCCUGCCUCGUCUCCGUGGACCUCAGUCACAACCAUCUCAACGCGCUUCCCGCGAAUUUCUUCGCUCAUUCCUCGAUGCUGCGCAGAGUCGACCUUUCGGAGAACAAAUUCAGACAAAUACCGGCGGUGGCGUUGUCCGGGCAAAAUCUUCCCGGUCUAACUUGGCUGAAUUUAACGAGAAAUCCGUUGAACAGGAUCCACGUUCUCCCGUCGGAAGCGAAAUACCCGAUUCUUCAAGAGGUGCACAUAUCAGGCACGAACCUCAGCAUAGUAACGUCCCAGGACUUCGAGACAUUCCCUGCUCUACUCCACUUGUACUUGAGCCAGAAUUGCAUAUCGCGAGUGUCGCCGGGUGCAUUUAGAAGCUUGCCCAACCUCUUAACUCUGCAUCUGGGAACCAACAACUUGGAUAUCCUGCCGAAGGAGAGGCUACAAGGGAUGGAGCAUCUGAGGAUCCUGAAUCUGACCCACAAUCUGCUGAAAGAGCUCGACGAGUUCCCAGAGGACUUGAAGUCCCUGCAGAUAUUGGACCUCUCGUACAAUCAAAUCAGCAUCGUGGGCAAGGUGACGUUCAAGAAUCUGGUCAGCCUGGUGGAGCUGCAUCUUUAUGGUAAUUGGAUCAACGCCAUCUCCAGCGAGGCGUUCAGACCGCUCAAGAAGCUACGACUGCUGGAUCUUAGUAGGAAUUACUUGGAGAACCUGCCGCUGAACGCGUUCCGGCCCCUCGAGACACAGAUUCGGAGUUUACGCGCUGAAGGUAAUGUCGUAUAAUUAAUCGGUCGAAUCGGGGAUUGUUUUUCUUUUUUCUU